AUGGGUGAAGAAGGACAGGUGAUUAGUUGCCACACUGUUGAUGCCUGGAAUCAACAACUCCAAAACGGCAAGAACAAAUUGAUAGUUGUGGACUUUGCUGCUUCUUGGUGUGGACCUUGUCGAGCCAUUGCUCCAUUUGUCUCAGAGCUGGCCAAAAAAAUGCCCCAUGUUCUCUUCCUCAAAGUUGAUGUCGAUGAGUUGAAGGAAAUUGCAUCAGAUUGGGGUGUGGAAGCAAUGCCAACUUUCUUGUUGCUGAAAGAUGGGAAGACGGUCAGCAAGGUCGUGGGUGCAAAGAAAGAAGAACUUCAACAGACGAUCAUCAAACAUGCUGGUAACUCUGGUUCAAGUUCAUGAUUCAGAUUUUGCUUCAUCCAAAUUUAGUCGUAUCUCGCUUUAGAAGAUUCAUAAACACUUAGGCCAACAAGCCUAAGAUCCUCUAGUUCUCUUUCAUAUGUUUCUGUCAACUUUUCGUUUUGUUUGCUUGAAAUUUAAUUGAAUAAUGUGCUUUUAGGGACAUGUCUUCAAACAAAUGAAGAGAUUUUGCUA